AUGGAGAUGAAAACUGAAAAAACUGCCCCUGUAAAUAACCAACAACUCAUCCACAAAGGGAAGAAAUUUAAAAACACAGCUUUCAAAGAUAAGAGCUUAAUUAAAGGAGAAUCAUCUGUUAUUAAGACUAAAAUAGGACACCCACAGAGAAACUGCAAGGAAAGAAGACGAGGAGGAAGAGGAACAGGGUUUCAAGAACUUUCUUGGAUUUUUUUUCUUCACUCAUGUCUUUGCUAUUGCCUGGUUCAUUUCAUCUGGCCUAAAGCACACCUCGGUCCUUCCAAAGCUGGUGCAAAUGAUACCACAAAUGCCGACUAUACACCUUCCCCUACCAAGGAUUAUGAGAAAAACUCUCCAAAGACUCCUCUGAUGACAAGGAAACAUCAUGAUGACGAUGAUAAUUGGUCCGUCGCUUCCUCUACUACUACAUCUGUUCGAACUGGUAGAUCGAGGGUAACAAUUGGGACUGCCCCGACAUUUAGAAGUGCUGAACGUGCCGAGAAACGGAAGGAUUUUUACCAGAAGUUAGAGGGAAAACACCAAGCUCUGGAGGCCGAGAGGCAGCAGUAUGCAGCCCUUAAGCUGGAAGAGCAAGAAGCAGCCCUUAAGCAGCUGCGGAAGAGCUUGGUCGUCAAAGCAAAUCCGGUACCUAGUUUCGACUACGAACAACCUCCACCAAAGGUUGAACUGAAGAAGCUGCCUUUAACUCGGCCAAAGUCACCAAAUCUUUCCCCAAGAAAGAGCUGUGGUGAUGCAGGCCACCUAUUCGAGGAAGAAUUAGAAAAGCCAAAAGCUUGCUGCCAGGGCCACCGCCACAGCUUUGGUGGUAACCAUAUGGAAAGGAUCGAUCCUGCAGAUGAGCUCAAAUUUAAAGGUCAGAAGAAUGGAGUGGGCAGUAAUGGAGGUGGGAAGCUGAAAGAUCGAGUGAAAAAGGUAAAAGAUACGACGAAAUCCUCUAAACUGGCGGAGGAGAGUAAUGCUAACAUCGCGGUGCAGUCAUGAACAUCUGGUUUUUCACGACUAACACAUUGGCCUUGAAUUUCCCAAGUUCCCAUAUCAUAUGAAUGUCUUGACAGGAAUAUUUAGCAUGUCUUCUUGUGAGCAGCAAUGACUUGUGUCUUCCU